UUGUUAAAGUUGAAGAGCCAACUUUUUGGUUUGGAGAACGCGGGAGGGAAAAACAUCGAAAAUCGGCGGCGUAAAUGUAUGUAAUUGCCGAUUGGUUUGGAUAUCGAGCAACAUCUGCAGGGGAGGCUUUUUUUUUUUUUUUUUUUUUUUUUUUUUUUUUUUUUUUUUUUUUUUUUUUUUUCACAUUCGUCUUCUCUUCUGGAGUUUUUCUGAACUGAACCUACCUGAUUAUCCAAGUCUUCAUUCAUUCACUCUGUCCUUCAAGUUUCCUGUUGUUAAGAGAAGAGGAGGAAUUAUUCACAGAAAAAGAAAACAACUGAAACUGAAAGGGUGGGUGGCAGUGACAGUGGCAGGCAAAUGGGAGUCAUAAAAAAAGACGGCAGAGUCUCGGGGUUUGUGCCAAGUAAGGAAGCAUUUGCCGUUAACUAUCCCGGAUAUCCUUCCUCCAUAUCUCGUGCCGUUGAGACUCUUGGAGGUCUUGAAGCAAUUCAUAAGGCACGGAGUCUACAAUCAAAUAGGUUGGAGCUCCACUUUCGGCCCGAAGACCCCUAUUCACAUCCCGCAUUCGGGGACCUCCGUCCUUGUAACCAUUUGUUGCUUAAAUUAUCUAGAAUUAAGUCUUCAAAUGGACAAGAUGCUCAAGUUUCUGGCCCCUCAGCUCUGCAAAAUGGAAAUAAUUUGGAUUAUACUUAUACAACACGUGCAAGUGGAUCAACUUCUUCCGCAAAACAAGUUGAUGUGCAGAUACCUGAAGAUGAUCAAACAAACUUUUGUGCUGACAUUGUUGCUCGCGUCCUCGAGGCUUAUCACUUUGAUGGGAUGGUUGACUACCAACAUGUGACUGCAGUUCAUGCAGAUGUUGCCCGCAGGAAAAAGAGAAAGUGGCUAGAACUGGAGGAGCCACUAUCUGAGAAGAAUGGCCUUAUGGAUGUUGACGAGGAUGAUGUAAUGAUGUUAGUGCCGCCGCUCUUUGCACCCAAGGAUUUUCCUGAGAAUUUAGUGUUGAGGCCAUCAGUAAUAUUGAGUUCAAAAAAGAAUGAAGAAGCAAUAAAUCAUCCGGAUUUGGAGAUAGACAUGGAGCUUGUUCUUGCAAUCGAUUUUAACAUCAUUGAGAUACCUAAGAGAAUAAUAAAUUGGGAGCAAUACAUACCCAAGGGCUCAUAUCAAUGGGAGUUACAGAUGGCUGUAUCCAAGCUGUUUGAUGAGCGACCUAUAUGGAUAAAGCAUUCCGUUAAUGAGCGUUUAGUUGAUAAGGGCUAUAAUGUUGUUGAUCAUAUGCUUAGAAGGCUUCUGUCUAGAGUGGCAUACUACUUUUCAAGUGGACCAUUUCUCAGGUUCUGGAUCAAAAAGGGAUAUGAUCCUCGGAAAGAUCCUGAUUCUCGCAUAUAUCAGAGAAUUGAUUUCCGAGUUCAUCCAUCAUUACGAAGUUAUUGUGAUGCUAACGUUACCAACCAGGGCAAGAAAGAAAAACAGAGGUGGGGGGAUAUAUGUACAUUUCAAGUUUUUCCGGUCAAGUGUCAAACGUCCUUGCAACUAUUUGAACUUGCAGAUGACUACAUUCAACAAGAGAUAAGAAAGCCUCCGAGUCAAAAGACUUGCACUCCUGGAACAGGGUGGUUUUCGUCUACAGUUCAUGAUAGCUUGAGACAUCGCAUUUCAAUUAGGUUUUUAUCCACAUAUCCUAAACCUGGUGCUGAACACUUACUUAAAGAAGCAACUGAAAACUUUGAAAAGUCAAAAAGGAGGCUAAGCAAAGACUGUGUAAUGCUUCACGAGGAAGAACGCCAAGAAGUGGAUUCAGGAGGUACAGGUAACGAAGAUGUUCAGGAGCCUAACAUUGUCGAAGACGAGGAAGAAGAGGAAGAAAUCGAUGAAGAGGCUGACGAUGAAAUCUCUUUGCAAUCACAUCCAUAUCUAAACAUGGAAAGCGUCUCAAGAACACAUUUGCAGGAGCUUUUUGGUAGUUUUCCGUCCACUGAGGCAGGAGGUGAUAAAAUACAAAAUGCAGAUACCAGUGAUGAAGAAUAUCAGAUAUUUGAGCAAGAUAGCGAUGGAAACUUCUCAGAUGAACAUGACUACUGAGUUUAGGAAGGUUUGUGUUUCUAUUGCUGCAGUUAUUACCAAGCCAAUGCUUAAUAGUUACUACUAAUAGGAGUUUUGGUAGCCUCCUACGAGAAAUUGGGGAGGCUCAUAUGCACAUACAUAUUGACAUUCUGCACUAAGCCCAUUUCCUGGAUAGCUUUUGUACAUCGGACCCUGAAUGUUAUGACUUUAUUUAUUUAUUUAAUUCUUUGUUUAUA